CGUUGCACGCGUGUACGUUGAAACCUGUGGGUGACUGCUUCCUGCUCGCUAUAGGAAAGCACACACCCAGCUCACACCGCAAGUAGCAGACUUCUUGAGAACAAGCUUGAUUAUUCUAGGCAGUGUACGCCAUCAGUGCUCUGCUAACUAUCACAGAUUCAGGCAUUUCUACAAUCAACUGCCACCAAAAACAGGAUGUCUCUGGAUAUCUGAAACCAGUUUGCUGUUGCCGAGCUGCCUCAUGGUCCUUCCUCAUAAUGCAGACUUCUCACUGAGCCAUGGGGUCGUUCAACAUCUGCGUGCUUCGGCUCGGGGUUUGGAGCAUCUUCCUCUUGCUCGCGGUGGAGUGUCGCUACGCCGUCGGCAGCCCCGACAACCAAACCUCUCCGACAGACGGAGGGGCGAACGAGACCGCCGUAGCAACCGUCCACCCGACGUUCUCCACCUCCGUUGCCCCAUCGGGUCAUACCGAAGCCCUUCCUGCUGAACCGCAGGGGCUACACGCCACCGUCAACUCCACUGUGCCUCCUUCGACAAACCAGACCCUGUUUCCUGCCUCAUCAAAGGACAUCCUCACCCCGCCGCCCCCUACAGCACCAGGAGAGCGCCCCCACACGGGGGCCUCCUCUAACAACGCUACGAGAAACACCCCCGCACCAGGAGAGCGCUCCAACACGGGGGCCUCCUCUGCCAACGGUACGAGACCAACCGUCACACCCGCUACCACACCGGCAGUACGCCCAAUCACAGGGUCUUCCCCUACCAACGGUACGAUCGCCACCGUCACACCCCCUACUAAUGGUACCAGAGCAAGCGUCCCACCAGGAGAGCACUCCACUCCCCCGGCCUCCUCUACCAACGGUACGAGGAGAAACGCCACACGGUCCGUCAUCCCCGGCGGAACCACAACCACGACGCGAACGGCGAGUUCAGUGCCGGUAACCAGGCAACCCUGUCCUACUCCCUCCUCAACAAACGGGACGGCCCCCCCUCAGCCCGGGGUCUCGACGUGCGCCAGCAGCCCGAGCGGCGUGGUCAGCCAGUGCCUCGUCGCCAUCGGCCUGCUGGCCGCCGUGCUGACCGUCUUCUUCGUGUGCACAAUGGUGCUCUGCACCAAGCUGUCGUCCCGGAAGUACAGCUUGGGCGGCCAGCGCGGGACGGAGAUGGUGUGCCUCUCCACCAUGAUGACCAGCCACAACGGCACCGGCAGCCGCCGCGCACACCUGGAGGGCCGCCGAACGCUGCUGACCGGCCCGGAGGACAGCGACGACGACGGCGGAGACAACCUGACUCUCAAUAGCUUUCUGCCGGAAGGCGACCGCAUGGUUUAGGUUAGGGAGGCGGAUUGAGGUUUUGUCCUGCGGGUGCUACGGUCAACGGAUCGACUCCCUCGCCCAUUAUAUUGAUAUUUUUCUAAUGUUUACUGCAUUCCAUCCCCUUUUAAACCUGACAGAGGGUGAUCUUUCUCGACAUAGAAUCAAUACUUUAUACAUAGGAAAGAUCUUGGAUGGAGGGCAUUUCAUUCUUAAACUCUUAUAAUUGGUACAAUUAUUGAAUGUAAGGGAUGGCUGUCAUUGAAAAGUACUUAUUAUUUGUAUCAACUGUUCCUGAAUCAUGUCAACUGUUACCUUUAGUGAGACCAAACCUAAGAUAAGCCAUCUCCGUUUCAGACUGUUGAAGUGUGAAAGUAGUAGUGUGUUAAUGACUGCUGAACGCCCCAUGCUUCAUAGUUGAUGUUUUGUGGUUAAUUGUUCUUGCACAUGCGUUCUCCGUAGAGGAAGAGGCAGGGAAACCACAAGCACGGAACUAACCAUGCACAGCAUUGACAUCUUCAGGCUCUAUUUACCAAAAACAUUAACUAGACAAUGCCGUGCAUUUGUGUAUUAUCCUGUAUUGUAUUGUAUUAAGUUUAUCGAGUCUAAUAAGAUAUUCUGUUCUAUUAUAUACAAUACAUGUUCAACGUCAAUUUGACAUGUAUCACAAAGUUUGCUUUCCUUUGAAUCAAGUUGCUAAGAGCAACAAUUUGUAGCUGUAGAGGUCAUAAUUAUGAGCUCAAUAUCCUGCCAGGCUUCCUCAAUGUCUGAAUUCAUUUUGACCCCGAACUAAACUGAACAGCACUUCCUUUCUUGUAGAAAUAAACCCACGCAUGCUGCUUAUAUUACAGCCUUGCAAAAAAACUUGUGUUGUGAAUAUUGUCAGUUACACAGACUGUCAAACAUACACUAUAUAUCUAUAUAUAUCCUAAAUUGUAUUUUGUAUUUGUUUCUUGUA